GACCCAAAGAGACACCUCAUUCCUUUUUUUCUUCUUUCAUCUUCUCAUCCACUUUCUCCUCUCUUUCUCUCUCUCUCUCUCUCUCUCUCUCUUCUCUCUCUUCUCCCUCCCUCGUCUUGCUCAUUCUUCCUUUGCACGCCACUCCCCUCCCCAACAACAACCCUUACCUACACAGGCCACCAAAUAAAGGAGCAGGAAGACAAAUCACCGCGAUCACCCCUACCUAUACGAUCUCCCAAAAGCAACCAGGAACAGAUAAGCAAGGGAGCAAAAGAAUAAGAAAACAACAGGCUACGAACGAACGAACGAACGAACGAAACACCAUGUCUGGAAAGCGUGAAGAUAUCCUGGCCUCUGCGGUCAAGUUCCUGCAGGACCCCAAAGUGCAGGCCUCGGCCCUGGGCAAAAAAGUCGCCUUUCUGGAAUCCAAGGGUCUGACCUCGGAAGAGAUCGAGGAGGCGAUGCAACGUGCGAACGGUACGGCCUCGGCUGCUGGUGCAGUCGCAGUCGUCCCCGCAGUCCCUGUGUCGGCGGGGGCGAUGGUACCGAUGGGUCCGUAUGGAGCGGUGCAGGGACCGGGAGGACAGGUGAUGAUGGCGCCACCACCGCUGCCGAAGAAGUAUGAUUGGAAGGAUAUGUUUAUUGCGGCAGUCGUCGCAGGAGGGUUCAGUUAUGGACUGUGGCAGGUUACGAAGAAAGUGGUUGGUCCAAAGCUGCAAUGGCCCUCACAGGAGGAGCUUGAGCUGGACAAGAAGAAGCUGGACGAGCAAUUUGAGGAGAUCGAGAAGAGUCUGACGGAGGUCAAGGACAGCACGACGACGGUGGCCAAGAAUGUGGAGGACCAAACUGCGCAUGUGAAGGAGUCACUCGAGGGCAUGACCGGUGUGCUGGAUAGCAUGAAGACAAACGAUGAGAAGCGAGAGCAGGAGCUAUCGGGACUCAAGUCUGACAUCGAGAACAUCAAAACUAUGAUCCCUAAGUUGAUGGAAAAGAACAAGGAAUCGCAGGCGAAUGUGCUGAACGAGCUACAGACGGAGAUCAAGUCGCUCAAGAGUUUGCUUCUUAACCGUCGUGGACCCGGUGCGCCCGCGUCGCCCGCAGGGUCGGUCGCAGCGCCAUGGAGUGCCGCAUACGCGACGCCUUCGCAGCCUAGCACCCCCGGUGCGACUACGACUGCGAUGGCAGUGUCGACACCCAAGCCUGAGGAGGCAACGGGUGCGAUGAGCUUUUUGAACAACAAGGCAUCGAUCCCAGCAUGGCAACUCGCUGCGCAAAAAGCUUCAUCGUCAACAGCAGCAGCAGCAGCAGCAGCAGCAGGAGAGAACGCAGCGUCGACGACGGCAGAGGGAGCUGAGAGUACUUCUGCGUAAGAGUGAGUGUGAGGAGGAAGUCAGAUAGAG